AUGAAGCUUGAUGAAAAAGCAAUCGAAAAUAUUGAUUGCAUAGAUGGAAAGUGGACUUCUUUCAAAGAACACAUGCGAUUGGACACAUGCGAUAAUGUAAUAAGCAAAAUAAAAAGAGCUGAGAAAAAGGAUAUGCUUGUUACAGAAUGUCGCAACGCGACCCAAAGAAAAAACCAGGGUGGGUGGAAUGAACACUUCGACAAUCAACUUAACGUAGAGUGCGUUCAGACAGAGUCCUGCUCACCAAACGUUAAGCAAGAGUGUAUUGCACCUCUUUCAAUGAUUGAGAUUGAAGAAGCAGUUCAAAAACUUAAGAACAACAAGGCUCCUGGCCCAGAUUUGAUAUCACCAGAAUUCAUCAAAAACUCAGGACCAGAUGGACUUAGCAGACCCUAUGUAGAAAACAUCAUUGGUGAAUACCAGUGCAGUUUUAGGAAGGGCAGGUCUACAACUGACCAAAUAUUUUGCAUAAGACAGAUUCUGGAAAAGACCAGGGAACUUGGAAUUGGUACCCCCCACCUAUUUGUGGAUUUCAAAACUGCUUACGACAGUGUAAACCGGAAGCGACUCAUUGAAGCUAUGCAAGAAUUCAAUAUCCCGGACAAGCUUGUACGACUCACCACACUUACACUGUGUAAGACCAUGCAGAAAGUUAAAAUCCAAAAUGACUUCUCGGAACCAAUGGAGGUAAAAAAUGGUGUAAGGCAAGGCGAUGCAUUGGCAUGCCUACUCUUCAAUUUGGCAUUAGAAAAAAUUAUCAGAGAUUCAGGAAUCAAUACCAGAGGACAUAUCUUUCAUAAGUCUGUACAAAUUUUCGCAUUUGUCGAUGACAUUGACAUCAUAGCGCGAACACAAUCUGACUUAAAGCAAGCUUUUCUAUCCAUGGAAAAAAAGAGGCAGAAAAAAUGCAUCUCACUAUUAACCAGGAGAAAACCAAGUAUAUGCAAUGCACCAGAAUAA